AUGACUAGAUCAAUAGGAUUUAACAUCUGCACGGUCACUUGCAGCAUCCUGCUCCUGUCCUCCAGUCCACCAUGCCUUGCAUCUCGGCCACUGGAGGAAAGGGACAUGACAAAGGUCCAGCAUGCCCCCUGGGCAGGGAAUGGGGUAGAAGAUGGAAGGACAAGCAUGCUGAACUUGGAAAAUAACCCGUCCCCUUCUGAGCAGACUGUCUCUGAAGAGCCAUGUGGAGUGUCAGCAAAGCCAUCUGGGAUGCCCCUAAAUGAAGCUGUCACUGCAGAAGGAGAAAUGCUGCAUGUAAGCCUGAGCCAUGUCAUCCCAGGCAGCCAGGGCCUGGGUGCUCAUACCUCUGCUGUGGCAGUGGCUGCUGUAGAUGAGGAGGAGCUUGGUCCCACGAAGUCAGAGCUGGAUGAAGAUGAUGCAUUCAAGGCCAUGCUGACCACAGCUGUGACCACGCUGAACCCUGCUGUCCAGGAGGAGUCUGUUGCUGGCCCUGUUAGCGAGACCACCACAGAGGGUGGUGUUGAAGUAGAGCACAGCUCUGCCAGCUUCUUAGCAAGCCCCCUUCCUGGGACAGCCAUGGAGGAGGAGGCAGAGAGCAACUUGCACCCCUCAGCUGUGCCCCAGCCCACACUGUACCCCAGCUCUCCCAGCUGGGAAACAGCAAGCGACCACCAUGUCAUCCCGACCCCCCAGGCUCAUGGCAUGACCUCGGAGGUGGGAAUGCUGAGAGCCCACACCAGGAGCCCUCUGAAGUCCCUGGCUGCACGAGCAUCCAUGGCUGCAAAACAUCCCCUUGUGGUGACUGAGGCCGCCUUCCACCUGGAAGCAGGGACAGGUGGCAGGCAAAGAGACCUGCCCACCACAGAGAGCACUGUCACCAUCCACCCUAUGGACACUGUGCCAUCUGACUGGGAUGACACAAAACUGGGGGACAUAAGUCAAAGGGGAAGCAUGUCUCAUGAGGAGGUGACAGAGGACCUAGGGGCAACAGAACCAUCCCAGACCCUGCAGGGAGGUCUGGAGGAGGAAGAGGAUGCAACAAGAGUGCUGCCAUCCCCAGUGUCCCCUCCACCAACUCCUGGGCUUGCUGAGGAGACCAACUGCACAGUGCCAGUGCAAGGGGAGGAGAUGCUGGCAGCUUCCACAAGCAGCAGUGAUGAUCUCCACACUGUGAACCUGACUGGUGUAGACAUGGGUGAUCUCAACUCACUGGACAACAUAAAAACAGUCACAACAGAGGAAGGGAAGAGCAUCCUGCCAUCACAGUCAGCGGCUGCUAUGGUGACAGAUACACGGUCUGAUCUUUCUCCUACUCUGGAAAGCUCAUGGAAAGGUGUUACUCAGGAGGUGACAACAGUUGCCCAGGAGGCUGAUACUGCUUUGUCAGUUGUGACACUGGUGCCUGGUGCUACCCAGAGAUCAGGAGCUGCAAGUCUUCUGCAGGAGAACGGCAGGGAGGACACCCAGAUGCCAACUGCUCCUAGUGCUACCCAGCUGCUGGUGGCAACGGGCACUUCUUCCACAGUGGACACUCCAGAUGUAGAAGAUUUCACAGAUGUGGUCCUGGUCGCCAGUGAGAAGGCUGUCCCAGCUCCUGGUGGCUUGUCUGCUACCCAGUCUGGACAGACAGAGGAGCCAUCCAGCAGAACUGUGGGCCUGGUAACUCCAGCAUCAAUGGCAUCUUCAGUCAGGAGGACAGCUCUUCCAUCUGUGAGGAAGAUUGGUACGGCUGUGACCUAUGGGCUGGACCGUCUGGAGUCAGAAGAGGCCGAGGGUGAGGAAGAGGAUGAAGAGGAGGAGGAGGAAGAAGAGGAGGAAGAAGAAGAUGAGGAGGACAAAGACAUAGAUUCGAUGGAUGAAAGCAUGGAGGGUGACACUGAGCUGCCAGGUUUCACACUUCCAGGCGAGACCUCGCAGGAGCCCAUAGCCGGCCUGGAAAACCCUGUGGCCCAGCUGGCCGGGGUGUCCUACCAGGUUCCUGACACCAUCGAGUGGGAGCAGCAGAACCAGGGUCUGG